UUCCUGGUUGAACUCCUGCAGUUCACUUUACUUCACACUCCUCCUCUCACUCUCUUUCUCUCUCUCACUCUCUCUCUCUCUCUGUAUCACUUCCUCUCUCACUCUCUAUCUCCCUCCCUGCUCUUCAGCGGUUCUGGCCGCUCUCUUCACGCUGUGUUCGGUGUGAAUCGGUUUCUCCUGGGGGAGAGAGAGGAGGUUAAAGCGGGGAUCUAAUGGAUCUGCGCUCGGAGCGCGAGGGAGGCGCGCGCACACGCCCGCGCUAUCAGGAAGAGUCUUAAGAGAAAGUGAAGGCGGAGGCUCGUGCAGCACAGCAGAGAUCAGGAGCAGGGCUGAGGGGUCUUCUGAGCCCCUAAUGCUGGAGAAGAUGUCUGAUUCAAUGUCCAGCUUCCUGCACAUCGGGGACAUCGUCUCCCUGUACGCUGAGGGGACUGUGAAUGGCUUUAUCAGCACCCUGGGGUUGGUGGAUGACCGUUGUGUUGUGGAACCAGCGGCUGGUGACCUGGACAACCCUCCCAAGAAGUUUAGGGACUGCCUCUUCAAGGUCUGUCCUAUGAACCGCUAUUCUGCUCAGAAGCAGUUCUGGAAAGCCAAGCAGGCCAAACAUGAAAAAGACAAGAUAGCAGACGUAGUUCUUCUUCAGAAACUGCAGCAUGCCUCCAACUUGGAACAGAAGCAGAACGAGACAGAGAACAAAAAGGUCCAUGGUGAUGUUGUUAAGUAUGGCAGCGUCAUUCAGCUCCUGCACAUGAAGAGUAAUAAGUAUUUGACGGUGAAUAAGCGUCUGCCGGCUCUGCUGGAGAAAAACGCCAUGCGGGUCACUCUGGACGCUACAGGCAACGAGGGGUCCUGGCUCUUCAUCCAGCCCUUCUGGAAGCUGAGGACCAACGGAGACAAUGUGGUGGUUGGUGAUAAAGUCAUCCUGAACCCGGUUAAUGCAGGACAGCCUCUUCAUGCCAGCAACUAUGAGCUCACUGAUCACCCCGGCUGUAAAGAGGUCAACUCUGUAAAUGGCAACACCUGCUGGAAGAUCAACCUGUUUAUGAUGUUCAGCGAUCACAAAGAUGAAGUUCUAAAAGGAGGCGAUGUGGUUCGACUCUUCCAUGCAGAGCAGGAGAAGUUUUUGACCUGUGAUGAGUACAAAUCCAAGCUACACGUUUUCCUGCGUACGACCCUGCGUCAGUCCGCCACCUCAGCCACCAGCUCUAACGCUCUGUGGGAAGUGGAGGUAGUUCAUCAUGACCCCUGUAGAGGAGGAGCAGGACACUGGAACAGCCUCUACCGCUUCAAACAUCUGGCAACAGGCAAUUACCUGGCUGCAGAGGAGAAUCCGGGCUACAAGGGGGACAGCAAUGAAAUGCAGCCAGCGGUGGACACAGAGAGUAAGAGGAGUAAUAAGAGGAGUCUGGGUGAGAGGAUUAAGUAUAAGCUGGUUGCAGUGCCUCAUGGGAACGACAUCGCCUCACUUUUCGAGCUGGACCCCACUACACUGCAGAAAACAGACUCAUUUGUGCCCAGAAACUCUUAUGUGCGCUUGCGUCAUUUGUGCACAAACACGUGGAUCCAGAGCACCAAUGUGCCAAUUGACAUCGAUGAAGAGAGGCCCAUUCGCUUGAUGCUGGGAACUUGCCCAACUAAAGAGGACAAAGAAGCUUUUGCUAUUGUCUCGGUCCCGGUCAUGGAGAUUCGGGAUUUGGACUUCGCUAAUGAUGCCAGUCUCAUGUUGAGCACUGUGGUGGACAAGUUCAAUGCUGGUUUUAUCAGUCCUAAUGACAGAAGGUUUGCCAUUAAGCUGCUGGAGGACCUGGUGUUUUUUGUGAUUGAUCAGAUUAACAGUGGGCAGGUUGUGCUGGAGGUGGUGAACAACAAACCCAACCGUGAGAGACAAAAGCUCAUGCGAGAGCAGAACAUUCUCAAACAGAUAUUUGGGAUCAUCAAGGCUCCAUUUAAAGACAAAGGAGAGGGUCCUCUGCUGAAGCUGGAGGAGCUGUCUGAUCAGAAGAAUGCACCCUAUCAGUACAUGCUCCGACUGUGCUACAGAAUCCUUCGCCACUCUCAGGAGGACUACCGCAAAAACCAGGAGUACAUAGCCAAGCAGUUUGGAGUGAUGCAGUCUCAGAUUGGUUAUGACAUUCUGGCUGAGGACACAAUUACAGCUCUGCUGCACAACAACCGCAAACUACUGGAGAAGCACAUCACAAAGACGGAGGUGGAGACGUUUGUCAACCUGGUGCGCAGAAACAGGGAGCCCAGGUUUCUGGACUACUUGUCAGACCUGUGUGUUUCCAAUAAUGUGGCCAUACCAGUGACGCAGGAGCUGAUCUGUAAGUGUAUGCUGGACCCCAAAAACCAAGAUAUCCUCAUCAAAACACAACGACGCGACCGUAAAGACAAUCAUCACAAUGCUGAGUACUCUGAGGAUUAUGGAGAAGGGGAGGAUGAGGUGUGGUUGAUCUGGAUGGAUAAAGCCAAUGAAACUCAGGAGAAAAGCAUCCGAGCUCUUGCUCAAGAAGCCAGACAAGGAAAUGCUCAUGAUGAGAAUGUGUUAACAUACUACAGGUACCAGCUCAAGCUCUAUGCGCGUAUGUGUCUGGACCGCCAGUAUCUGGCCAUCGAUGAAAUCUCCAAGCAGCUGGAUGUGGAGCUGAUUUCCCUGUGCAUGAUGGACGAGGUUCUUCCAUACGACCUGCGGGCCUCCUUCUGCAGGCUGAUGCUGCAUGCCCACGUGGACCGAGACCCUCAGGAACUUGUAACACCUGUCAAGUUUGCUCGGCUCUGGACUGAGAUUCCCACGUCUAUCACUAUCAAAGAUUAUGAUUCUCAUAUGGACUACUCAAGAGACAACAAGAAGAACAAGUUUGCCAACACCAUGGCUUUCAUGGAGGAUUACCUCAACCUCGUUCUUCAUGAUGAUUUGCCUUUCGCUGAUGAGGAGAAAAAUAAACUGACAUAUGAGGUGGUGAGUCUGGCAAGACACCUGAUCUAUUUUGGCUUCUACAGCUUCUAUGAGCUGUUGCGGUUGACGCGCACACUUUUGGGCAUCAUUGACUGCAUUCCCAACCCUGCCAUGCUGGCACAUAUGAUCCAAGAUGAUGGGAGCAGCAAGAACAUAAGGCGCUCCAUCCAUGGAGUGGGCCAGAUGAUGUCUACCAUGGUCCUGAACAGAAAACAGUCCGUAAUGGUCGGACCUGGACGUCCAAUAAUUGGUUUGGAUGGACAGACCCGUACUAAAGACAGCAUUGACAACCAGGAUAUUACAGUGAUGGACACAAAGCUGAAGAUCCUGGAGAUCCUACAGUUUAUUCUGAAUGUGCGUCUGGAUUAUCGGCUGUCGUUCCUGCUGUCCGUCUUUAAGAAAGAGUUUGUGGAGGUGUAUCCCAUGGGAGACGUAGAUGCAGUGUCAGCAAUGGAGACGGCAGCCUCCAUAAACCUGCAGUUUAUAGGGGAACAGGCCGAGGCGAUGUUUGGAGUCGGAAAGGCGAACAGUAUUUUGGAAGUGGAUGAUGAGGGAGGACGGAUGUUUCUGCGUGUGCUCAUCCAUCUCAUCAUGCAUGAUUACCCUCCACUGGUGUCAGGAGCCCUGCAGCUCCUCUUCAAACACUUCAGCCAGAGACAGGAGGUCUUACAUACCUUCAAACAGGUCCAGCUCCUGAUUUCUGAGCAGGAUGUGGACAACUACAAGCUCAUUAAGAGUGACCUGGAUCACCUACGCAUGAUGGUGGAGAAGUCUGAGCUCUGGGUGGAGAAGAAAGGCAGCUCAGGAGGAGAGGGGAAGAAAGACAAGGGAGAGGCUGCUGCAGACGAACCUGCUGUCUCCCAGAAGGAAAAGCGUGAAAAGAGCAAUGAAAACUACCAGAAAGUCAAAGAGAUCUUGGAGCGAUUAAAUAAGAUGUGCAGCUCUGGGGUGUUUAAGAAGCAGCAGAGGCUUCUGAAGAACAUGGGAGCUCAUAAAGUCAUGCUGGAUCUUCUGCAAGUCUCCUAUGAUCGGAAUGACAAGAAAAUGCUGGAGAUCAUUAAGUUCACCCACCUCUUCCUGCAGAAAUUCUGCAACGGAAACCAAGAAAAUCAGACUCUCCUCCAUAAGCACCUGAACCUCUUCCUCACCCCUGGAGUCCUGGAAGCAGAGACAGUGCAGUUCAUCUUCAGUAAUAACUACCAGCUCUGUACUGAGAUCAGCGAGACGGUCCUGCAGCACUUCAUCCACUGCCUGGCCACGCACGGUCGCCAUGUGCAGUACCUCAACUUCCUGCACACCAUCAUUAAAGCUGAGGGGAAGUACGUGAAGAAAUGCCAGGACAUGAUCAUGACUGAGUUAACAAAUGCGGGUGAUGACGUGGUGGUGUUCUACAAUGAUAAAACCUCCUACAACACAAUGCUGGAGCUGAUGGCCGAGUCUAGGGAGGGGGUGCAGGAGAACAGCCCCCUCCGCUACCACAUUUCUCUGGUGGAGCUGCUGGCUGCGUGCGCUGAGGGCAAAAACGUCUACACUGAGAUCAAAUGCACCUCACUGCUGCCCCUGGAGGAUGUGGUUAGAGUCGUUACAGAUGAGGAGUGCAUCACAGAGGUGAAAAUUGCCUAUGUGAACUUUGUGAACCACUGCUAUGUGGAUACAGAGGUGGAGAUGAAGGAGAUUUAUACCAGCAAUCACAUCUGGAAUCUGUUUGAAAACUUCAUCGUAGACAUGGCCAGGGUAUGCUCGAACCGUGAAAGGCGAGUUCAGGACCCUGUGCUGGAGCGGUACGUCCUCAAUGUGGUGCUGGACACUAUAAACGCUUUCUUCAGCUCACCCUUCUCUGAAAACAGCACCUCACUGCAGUCUCAUCACACUAUAGUGACCCGGUUGCUGCAGUCGAGCAUGCGUCUGCUGGACUGCACAUGGCUCCUGCAGCAGCAGAAAGGACUGGUGGAGAGCUGCAUACGGACUCUAGCCCUGACUGCUAAGAGCCGUUCUAUCUCUGUGCCUUUGGAGCUGGAAGCCCAAAUUAAUUUAAUGCUGAGCAGUAAUGCUUCAAACACUCUCUCCCGCACCAACCCCAACUACAAGAGCUCUUCACGCUCUAGCCGACCUGUUGCCCCCAACAACCCCUGGGACUACAAGAACAUCAUUGAGAAACUGCAGGACAUCAUUAACACUCUGGAGGAGCGGCUGAAGCCGCUGGUGAACGCAGAGCUGUCUGUACUGGUGGAUGUUCUGCACCAGCCUGAGCUGCUGUUUCUGGAGGGGACUGAUGCUCGGGUGCGCUGCGAGUCUGGAGGCUUCAUCUCCAAACUGAUCCAGCACACCAAGGCUCUGAUGAGCGCUGAUGAGAAGCUGUGCAUUAAAGUCCUCACAACUCUGCAGAAGAUGCUGAUCCGCACUCUGGACUUCAAUGAAAGGGGAAUUGCUUUAAGGAAAGUGCUGCUGCAGAAUUACCUCUUCAACAACAAGAAGGCAAUAAAAACGGAUCUGGCUGAACAUGGAGCAGGAGGUGGAGAAGCAGAGAAAGACUGGGUUGCUGCAGUGCAGUGUCGUUUAGACAGAGAGGGCGGCACAAAGCUCUUCACUGACCUCAUCAUGUGCACCAAAAACGACAAGAUCUUCCAAGAGAGCAUCCAACUGGCCAUUUGUCUUCUGGAAGGAGGCAACACUGAGAUACAGAACUCCUUCUACAAACUGAUGAUGGGGGACAAUAAGUCUGAGAAGUUCUUUAAGGUCUUGAAUGAUCGAAUUAAAAAUGCACAGAUGGACAUCAAAGCCACCAUUUCUGUCAAUGUGGGAGAAAUGACCAACAAGGCCAAAGAUGAGAAAGACCUUGAUCCAGCAGGAACCCAGCCGUUGGUGUUUCAUCCCGGGGGAGUGGCUCCGUAUGGGCAUCACCCUGCCAUCGCUCCGGCACAAGCUCUGGCUCCAGCUCAGCGUACGGAGCAGCAGGAGGUGGAGACUGAAAUGGGCCCAUCAGUGAUCAUCAUGAAACCCAUCCUGCGCUUCCUCCAGCUGCUCUGUGAGAACCACAACCAGGACCUGCAGAAUUUUCUGCGCUGUCAGAACAACAAGACAAACUAUAAUCUGGUGUGUGAGACGCUGCAGUUCCUGGACAUCAUGUGUGGGAGCACCACCGGAGGCCUGGGUCUGCUGGGCCUCUACAUUAAUGAAAACAAUGUGGGUCUGAUCACUCAGACACUGGAGACGCUCACAGAGUACUGCCAGGGACCCUGCCAGGAGAACCAGACGUGCAUUGUCACUCAUGAGUGCAACGGCAUUGACAUCAUCACCGCUCUGAUUCUGAACGACAUCAGCCCUCUGUGUCGCUACCGUAUGGAGAUGGUGCUCCAGCUCAAGGACAAUGCCUCCAAGCUCUUACUGGCCUUGAUGGAAAGCCGCCAUGACAGUGAGAAUGCAGAGAGGAUUCUGUUUAACCUACGACCUCGAGAACUGGUUGAAGUGAUAAAGAAGGCUUAUCUGCAGGAGUGUGAGUACGACGAGGCGGAGGUUUCACCCAGAGAAGUCGGACACAACAUCUACAUCCUGGCACUGCAGUUGGCACGUCACAAUAAAAUACUGCUUCAUCUGCUAAAACCACCGAAAAGGGCUAAGGAAGAGGAAGAAGAGGGCAUUUCAUCUAUGCUCAACCUGAACAACAAGCAGUUCUCCCAGAUGCUGAAAUCCUCAGCUCCAGCAGAGGUUCAAGUGGAAGACCCACUGGAUUAUUACGACAAACACACCGCUCAGAUCGAGAUUGUUCGGGAAGACCGCAGCAUGGAGCAGAUUGUGUUUCCUGUUCACCCCAUCUGUGAGUUCCUAACAGAGGAGUCAAAGGUGCGGGUUUUUAAUACCACAGAGCAGGACGAGCAGGGCAGCAAGGUCACGCACUUCUUCGAGCAGACUUCCUUCCUGCACAAUGAGAUGGAGUGGCAGAAGAAGCUCCGCAGUAUGCCAGUGCUGUACUGGUUCUCUCGGAGAAUAACACUAUGGGGUGCCAUCUCCUUCAACUUGGCUGUCUUCAUCAACCUCAUCAUCGCCUUCUUCUACCCAUAUGACUCUGGACAGAGUGCCAUUGACUCUUCAAUGUUGUUAAUGCUGUUCUGGUGCUUUGCUGGGCUGUCAGUGGUGGGUCUGUUCUCCCAGCGUUACGGCCUCCAGCCCCUCACCCUCGCCAUCAUCCUCCGCUUUAUAUAUCACUUCGGCAUCGGCCCCACUCUCAUCAUGCUCGGAUCUCUUAACCUGAUCAAUAAGAUUGUGUACGUGUUGAGCUUUGUGGGUGAUAACGGUACGUUUAUCAUGGGUUAUAAAGCCAUGGUGAUGGAUAUGGAGUUCCUCUACCAUUUGGCGUAUGUACUCACCAGCACACUAGGGCUCUGUGUCCAUGAACUCUUCUACAGCAUACUGCUGUUUGAUCUGAUCUAUCGAGAGGAAACACUUUUUAAUGUGAUAAAGAGUGUGACGCGUAACGGCCGCUCCAUCCUCCUCACCGCUGUGCUGGCUAUAAUCCUGGUCUACCUCUUCUCCAUCGUGGGCUUCCUCUGCCUCAGAGAUGAUUUCAUCAUGGAGGUGGAUUACCUGUCUAAUAUUAAUGACUCAGGUUCUGAGGGCUCUGUUGGAAGCUGCAGUGCAGAUGGAGUGGACUGCACUGAAGAAAGUGGACUUAUAGCAGCAGCUGAAGAGGAAGAUAACACGGAGCGGGCCUGUGACACACUGCUGAUGUGUAUCGUCACUGUGCUGAACCACGGACUGCGAAACGGAGGUGGAGUAGGAGAUGUUCUGCGCAGACCCUCAAAAAAUGAGGCGUUGUUUCCUGCGCGAGUGGUGUACGAUCUCCUCUUUUACUUUAUCGUUAUCAUCAUUGUACUGAACCUGAUCUUUGGUGUGAUUAUCGACACCUUUGCUGAUCUGCGUAGUGAAAAGCAGAAGAAAGAGGAGAUCCUUAAGACCACCUGCUUCAUCUGUGGUCUUGAGCGGGACAAGUUUGAUAAUAAGACAGUAUCUUUUGAAGAGCACAUUAAAUUGGAGCACAACAUCUGGAACUACCUGUACUUUAUUGUUCUUGUGCAAGAGAAGAAUAAAACAGACUUUACUGGCCCAGAGAGCUAUGUGGCUCAUAUGAUCAAAAACAAGAACCUGGACUGGUUUCCACGCAUGCAGGCCAUGUCUCUGGUGGUGACGGAGGGGGAGGGGGAGCAGAACGAGAUGAGGAACCUGCAGGACAGACUCUCAGCCACCAUGAAAGUGGUCACUCAGCUCACCAGCCAGCUAGCAGAGCUGAAGGAGCAGAUGACGGAGCAGAGGAAGAGGAGGCAGAGGAUGGGGUUUGUGGAUGUUCAGGCGGGGUCUAACGCCUCACUGCCCCCCAGUGCUGCUGGAGGAAACCACCAGAUCUACAAAGCUUCAUAAAACCAACUGUCGUAACGGGUCCUUCACUGGUCACUUAAACGAGCACAUGGAACUUUAGGUAGAAUUGCGUUGGUGGGGUUUUACUGCUAGCUGUUUUUGAAUGUAGGCGCUCAGGUUGUCUUUAAAUAGGCAGCACUGAACAAGACGAUGUUACGGGAUUUUAAUCAUAAAGGAACAAAAUGAUAAAUACUGUAUGUUCAUAUGAGAAGGUUUGUCUUGUUUUAAAGGGAAGAAGAUACUGUAUAUUUUAAUGCUGUUUUUACUGAUUAACUUAUGCUAUUUUUUUGAGACCAAGUAAUUCCCACACUCCUUAAAGUGUGUUCACUUUCACUGUACUUGCUGUGAAAACCUGAAGUGCCUAAUCUUAGGAUAUGCACACGCCUUCCUAACUUUUAAUGGGAGUCAAUGUAAAAUUAUUUUAUUCCAAGUAAUUGUAAUUUAGGUUCAUUGUAUAGUUUUUGUUGGUGCAGAUUCAAACUUUGCUAGAAAUAAAAAACAGUUAAUAAACUGUUGAGCCAAAACAUUAUGACCAUUCAUAGAAAAAGCACAUAACAACAGACGUCUUGAAUGCAGAGAAAUUGUCCAAGUAUUUUUGCAUCAUUUGUAUUUGUCCAUUAAUGCUAAUAUAUUUUGACAUGGUGUGAAGUCACAUUUAUUAAUAUUGUUCUUUUUACAACAGACGAUCUCACAGAGCAGCUUUACAGAAAUCCCCAAAUUAAACAAGAGAUUAACAGUAAAUAAAACAUUAACAUAAAGUGACAGUUUGGAAGUUUGGGGGAUUUUGACGUCUCUCUGUUAAGAAUGUGUGUAAUUGGACCAAUCAUAUGUAGAGUAUUUUUAAAACAUGCAUUUUGGUGCUGUACCCCAUUCAGAGCAGAUAAAUCUGGAGAUAUUAGCAAGAACUCUUGUUCUAAUUUAGUGCUUCUUUCUUCUUUGGUUUAACAAUGCGUGAUGCAGAUGAAGAUUUGGUUUGCUCCGUUUUAAUAUCCCCAUGUUUGCAGUAGCUCUGGUAUCAGCAUUAUUAACAGUGCUGCAGUUGCUCCGGUAACCAGUAAAAACUAUUAUAGGAAGCAAAAAACCCUACCAAGGAGGACCUACCAAGCACCUUGUUUUUACAAUAAAAUAUAUUUGGCUUUUAAUGGAGAACUCUGGUGUAAAAUGGACUUUUGUUGUAGUAAAACAUGAUAAAAAGUACUUACCUUUGAUGAAUAGCACACCUCCAUUCUCCCACAGCUUUCUGAGAUCCAGAAAUUUCAACAGUUUGUCCAAACACCCCGAGUGCCGCCAUUACUGCUGACGCCGGCUGCUACGCUAUGCGGACUCUACAUAGACUGAGCUGAAGCUUGCAUCACGGGGUUUAAACAGAGGAUUUUAAUAAUCUUCUUGUGCACUUUUUAAGUUAUUAAUGCCUUGUUUUAAAUGUCAGGACUCUCCGGAGUCUAGCAAGGAGGUGUGGAGCUACUUUUAGCUGAAUAACGUUGGAUAAAGUGAUUUAUAGGGGACAAAUUAUGCCCUGUGUCACCCAGUCUGAAGGGUGUUUGAACAAACUGUCAGAGGUGGAAAAAGUACUGAAAAAUUGUAAUUGAGUAAAAGUACCUUUACUUUGCUAAAAUUCUACUCAAGUAAAAGUAAAAAUACCCAUCUAAAAAUCUACUCGAGUAAAAGUAAAAAGUACUCAAUUUAAAAUGUACUUUGAGUAAAAGUUACAUAGUUACUUUUAAUUAUUUGAUGUAAGAAAGUAAAAACAAAUCAUAAAUUAAGUCGUUUUAAAUGAACUAUUAUUCCACAUAAUAAUUUGGACCUUUCAGUAUUUGUUCAGACCACCCCAUGAAACAUUUUUAAGAACAAGUGGCAUAUGUUUCUAUGAUCCAUUUUACCAUUGACUAAACUGUAAUUUUAUAGUUUUACAUUUCAUUAUUAUUUUUAACUUGCAAUUGCUAUGCUUUAACUGCUAUUUACAUGUUUUUUUUUUAACAUUUAAGCAGAUUGUUUAAUGAUAAAAAUACUUACACCACAUGCUUUCACAGGUUUGAUGUGGAAGUUUUGAAAGCUGACAGCUCUGUCCAGUGGAGCACAUUUUGUAUUGCAGGAGGACGUUAUUGCCUCGUUAUUCCACGCGUUUGCAAUUGUGUUUCUUCCCCCAGCAUUUAAUUUUUUACUCAGUAAUUGGGAGAUUUCCAAUGUAGCAAAGUAAAUUACUUGUGUCAAAAUGUAAGUAAAAUUAUAUUAUAUUUUAAAAACCACUUUAAAAAUUACAAAUUACUCAUAAAAUCUACUUUAUUACAGUAACCUGAGUAAAUGUAAUUCAUUACUUACCACCUCUGCAAACUGUUACAAUUUCUGGAUCUCAGAACGCUGUGGGAGAACAGAGGUGUGCUAUUCAUUAAAAGUAAGUAAUUUUUAUCAUGUUUUACUACAACAAAAGUCCAUUUUACACCAAAGUUCUCCUUUAAGGAUGGUCACAGAAACACAUUGUUGGUGUAGAUUUAAAUAACAUGUCCCCUCCCCACUCAGGAAUACAUCUGCUUUUAAUUUAAAAGAAAAAAGUAAAGACUGUUGCUUUAAAGGACAGCUGUGAUAAUAUAUAAGGAUAGUGAUUUUUGUAUUUAAGUUUGAUUUAAAUUGAGGAAUAGGGUAGGUAACAUAUCUGCUUAUACAGUAGAGAGUGUACAUAUUAUUAAGAUUAACUAUUUAAUGAUGUGUUUAGAGUUAUCUCUUUAUUGCUACAGAACUACUGAAGAUUUGAUUGUGAGUUUAUUCCGAUAUAAGCAGAAUGUUUUUUUUUUACAUGAAGGGCAUCUUCCAUAAUGAGUUGUGGGUCUGUUGUGGUCUGUCUAGUCUGGUCAGUGCUGGUCCAGCAGCUUUAGAAAAGAUUUUUCUGCUGUAAAGUUGACUGUAGUGAUGAAGGUCUUUCUGAAUUUUGCACUGAAUAAAAGUGUGUGGGAAUUGGAA